AUGGCGGCCGCUGCUGCUGCUCGCUCACGACGGUCCGUCCGGUCCUUCCACUCGUCCUCCUCAUCGAUUGGCGAGAAACCUCCUGCAAAGCCUAUUUCCAAGCCCGCCUCCCUCCCCAGGCGUCUCCUUUUCCCGCACCUACCUCCCGACGCAGAUCUCCCGCCGCUCCUGACGUCUUCCGCUGCCGCUCCAGCACUCAAUGCCGAGAUUUACGAUGUCAUCGCCCUGGCCUUACGAGCCUUUGUAAAUCCUUGGUGGACAAAGCUGACGUGUUAUGACAAGGACUUCCUGCCAGCAAUUACACGCGUCCUCACCGCCGUGAUACGCGCCAUUGAGACACGUCUUAUCUCUGCCGACCUUGCGGCGCUGGUCCUCCGAGAUUUUCCAACAUUAUUGACACAACAUUAUGUAGAUUUCCGCAAUGCAAAGUCCAAGCUUCACACAUCAUAUGCGUCUGGAGGUGCGGCCACUUUGCCGCAGCUGUUCCACCACCUCCAACCGCACAUGGCAAUUUCGCCAGACGGCACCAUCGAUGAAGUGUACGUGCGUCAGGCCAUUGACCAUGUUCUGAAAGCCAGUCUGCCGCCAGAAGACUACGAUUCAGAAGCAGAGCGGUACAUUGUCCGUGAGAUCGUGCAGAGUGUGCUGUUGCGCAAUGUGCUUCCGCGUGUCACCCAGCCCUGGUUUAUUUACAGAUUAAUCCUGAGUACUUUGGGCCCGCAGCCGAGCAAGCUUGCCGAGCCUCCAGAUCUUUCGCAAUUAUCCUCGAUAAAACCUGACAAUGUGACCUCUCUACGGGCUACCUAUUCCCUGCAGUCACUUGCCAUAUUCUUUCUCUCUGCAGUCCAAUCCAUCUCCGGUGCUUGUCUUAUGCUUAUCCAUACGUACCGACAAACGAGGGACACGAUCAAGAAGGUCAAUGCAGCACAGUCACCCCGAAACGAUCCACUCUCCUCUUUCGUCAGCCAUCCCGAUGAUCGCACAACUACACUUGCUGCACCAGUACCCCUCACAUUUCCGGGAGGGUUGGCGGCAAUUAAGCCAGCAUCGGAGCCCGCUGAGCUGGUGUCGCACGCACCGACGCCUAUAUCCGUCUCUUCCCUUCAGCCAUUCACACGUAGCGGCUCAGGAUCGACCGUUCAGACAGAAUCCUUUCCACCUACCAGAGCGUUCACCCCUUUGGUAACGUCCGCCCCUCUUAAUUAUACCCAGCCGUCGCUGUCACUUCUCUUCACGCUCCUGACACCCCCUCCCACACCUGCGCCAACACUGGCGGCGAAAUUCACAACAAGCACGUCAACGCGCACGAUGCUUGCACUAGCUCACACACUCUCCUUGCCGCUAACGCUGUUCGAACCCUUCCUCUCGCGCCUCCUCCCUUAUCUACUGUAUAUGCACGUUCUUUCUGUCCCACGGCUCAUCGAUCUGGUACGCGCCGCUCGACAUACGCUCUUCCCUGAGGGCUGGCCGGGGCCUGCUCCACCGGAUCCGUCUCCGGAGGAGCAAGUAGCGCUGCGCGCGGAACUCGGGCAGCGUUUGCUGACCAGCAUUCCAGCGCCGGUUGCCCUUUUGCUAGGCCCGACGCCCGAAGCACAGAUGUACACCAUUGACGCAAUGCUUGAUCCGCUCUCUAAUCAGAGUUGCAAUGCGCACCUGGUGUUGUAUAUUUUAGAUCUUGUGCUGCUUGCGGUCUUUCCAGAGCUGGGUGCCAGUGAGAGUGUUACUGCGGCAAGCACGGAGAGUGUGGGGCCUGCCAAGGCUUACUGA